GUGAGCGGUGACCUUUUUGGAUGCACUAUUGUGUGUAACAUGCGUGUAUAACUUGUCAGCACGUGCAUGAUAACGUGAAUUUGUAAUGGAAGAAAGAGAAAGAUCUUAAAAAAAGAAAGUGUAUUAAACAUAGAAAUUGAGAAAAGUUCGUUAAAUCGUAUUAUUCCAAGAUGAGCACAAUUCUGGAGAAAAUUGCUUCGAUCGAAGCCGAGUUAUGUUUUCUAACAGAUGGCUCGUACCCAAAAAAAUAAAGCCACGUCUGGGCAUUUAGGUUUACUGAAAGCAAAAUUAGCUAAACUGAGAAGAGAGCUCAUAACUCCCAAAGGCGGCGGAGGAGGCGGGGAGCAAGGUUUCGAAGUGGCCAAAACUGGAGAUGCUAGAAUAGGUUUUGUUGGUUUCCCAUCUGUUGGUAAAUCUACGCUACUGAGUACUCUCGCGGGUGUGUAUUCCGAAGUCGCAGCAUACGAAUUCACAACUCUUACAACCGUCCCGGGUUGUAUAAAGUACAAAGGCGCAAAAAUACAGUUAUUGGAUCUGCCUGGUAUUAUCGAAGGUGCCAAAGAUGGCAAAGGACGUGGAAGACAAGUUAUAGCGGUUGCUAGAACCUGUAGUUUAAUAUUCAUUGUUUUGGAUGUACUGAAACCACUUGGACACAAAAGGUUGAUCGAACACGAAUUGGAAGGCUUUGGUCUACGAUUGAAUAAACAGCCACCAAACAUAACCUUCAGGAAGAAGGACAAAGGUGGCAUCAACUUUCAGACAACGUGUCUACAAUCAGAACUUGAUAUAGACAAUGUGAAAACUAUUCUGUCAGAGUACAGAAUUCACAAUGCUGAUAUUACUUUGCGUUAUGAUGCUACGUCUGAUGAUCUGAUAGAUGUCAUUGAGGGAAACCGUGUUUAUGUACCUUGUAUUUAUUUGCUCAACAAAAUAGAUCAGAUCAGUAUCGAAGAACUAGAUGUCAUUUAUAAAAUACCUCAUUGCGUGCCUAUUUCUGCUCAUCAUAAGUGGAACUUUGAUGACCUGCUCGAAAAAAUGUGGGACUACUUACAACUGGUGCGCAUCUAUACCAAACCUAAAGGACAGCUUCCUGAUUAUAAUUCUCCUGUAGUAUUGAAUAGGGAGAAGCGAACCGUCGAAGAUUUUUGUAACAAACUUCACCGAUCGAUCGCAAAAGAAUUUAAAUAUGCUCUUGUGUGGGGGUCAUCGGUGAAACAUCAACCACAGAAAGUUGGAAAAGAUCACGUUUUAUGCGAUGAAGAUGUUGUACAAAUUGUGAAAAAAGUAUAAUUUCAGUUCUACAUGCAAUCCAAGUAGAACCGAUUCAUUCAAAUGUACUUUUAUAAGUGGUUUUGUCUUUUACACUUGAAUCGAAGCUUUUAAAUUGAUUUUUUCCUUUGCUUCUUGCGAGCCUAUAUAAUAAAAAAUAAAAUACGCCCAAAACUCAAGACGCGUGCGCGCGCACACACAGACACACACACAGAUCAGAGAAUAUUUUUAGGAAUGGUUGAAAAUUAGUUUUUUAUGGAAUAAAUGUAUAUUACUAAUUAUUUCUUAAACGCAAGUUAGCUGGCCGACAAAAGCGAUACAAAUAAAAUAAAACACAUAA